AUGUCAAGCCAUGCAUCGGAUCAUUUACCGGAGCUGGCGGGGAAUGCAAGCUAUAUGCGAUCGCCACUACCAACGCGAGUAAGCAAUGCCUGCGAAAGAUGUCGGCGCCACAAGACAAGGUGCGACCCAUUCCGACCUUGUUCUCUGUGCGUCAGAGCCCAAGUGAACUGUAGACCGCUCCCUAUCAACAGGCCUCGCCGAGAGAGCACGCGACGUUCCAAAACAGUUGCGAGAAGUCGUCGACGAGAGACGGAAUCACCCGGAUCUGCUAGUGUAGGUGUGGAAAGUCCCGGUGACACUGGGACUCGGGCCCAGCAAGCAAACAUUGCUGCGAAUGAGAGUCAUACAAAUGUCCAUGGCCAGCCCAGGCCAGUUGAGUAUGGGGAAGCGGAAUCGACAUUGGGAAUUGCUCAGAAAAUCUAUGGACUCGGCCGGCAACUCAUCGAUGAGCAAGCUACGUCCGCCAUCCCAGGCUAUCAAGCCAGUACCAGUGUGGCCGACCGGCACGUAACGACUGUCGGGCAACGGGUUCCAAUUGCCUCGAUAUUGGGCCAGCCAUUACCACCCACGGAUGUCAUGCAUUCCUUACUCGACGACUACUUUGAUGCUGUCCAUUGGUUCUCGCUCGUCAUUUAUGAGCCCACCUUCCGCAAGAAUCUCCUCUCUGUCGCAGACGGCUUGGCAUAUUCCUCCCAGAAGCCCUUUUUAAUUCUUUUGGCCGUCGUUCUGGGGAUGGGUGCAUGGUACCGAUCACAGCGGAAGGCCGCUGCCGCUGCCGAGAGUGACUGGAGACAAAUGAGUGCCGGACUUCUAAAACUAGUCGAGUCGUAUAUUGUCGAGUUGAUGGACCAGCCUUCCGUCACGGCGGCUCAGAUUUGCAUUCUAUUUGGGUCUUACUGCGUUUAUCAUGGGCGGCCUAAUCUAUCAUUCUCCCUCCUGGGUGCCACAAUUCGGAUAUCUCAAGCUGCAGGUUUGCAUCGUGACCCAUCCAGAGGGAGCUUCGAAGAAAAAGAAGAACGGAAACGUGUUUGGUGGACAAUAUACACUUGGGAUCGGUUUGCAUCAAUCACGUACGGCCGCCCACUCGGGAUCAACGACCGGGACUGCAAUAUCAGCAUGCCAGCGGAUAUCCUUGAGAAUCCCCAUUUUGUUGCACCAGCAUCAGAACAGGGUUAUACAGUCUGCUAUUCUACGUAUCAAAGAGAGCUCAACCGCCUUUAUCUCAUGGCAUCUACCGCCUUGGAGGCUAUCUUUGGCUCGCGCACCUCGGGCUCAUCCAAGGCAUUGGCCGGCGACGCGUUCCUUGGACUGGUUAAAGAAGCCACCCAAAAUCUGCAGCAGUGGCGGGACGAGCUGCCUGGCACCUUGGUUUUGAACCUUGAUGAAGACUUUCAGGCCGGCAGUGGGCUAGAAGCAAAGGCACAUGCACUGCAAUCGCUAUCACUUCAUUUGACAUACGACAACAUUCUAAUCGUCCUCCACCGUCCUCUUCUGGCGCGACAAGUUGAUCAUCUAUCGACGGAUCCUUCCAAGUCUGGCCAACGCAGUGGACUCGCGACUAGCAACCGCCAACCUAACGCGGCCACACCAAACCAACCGGACUCACCAUUUGAAGCUCUAUCACCCAAUGCAUCUGUGGCGAGCUCCGUACAUUGGUGGAACGCUGCAUUGAGGACAUCGCGGGUGACUGAGUUGCCCGUCCUUGCUCAAUUUGCGACCGAUAGUCAUUUGGUUGCCUUCUUGGCUAUUAAUGUAUUCAACGCAGCAAUUGUGUUAGCGGUCAUGGCCCUCUCAGAUCCGCUGUCGGACACCGCGCAGAUCGUGAAACGUACGAUCACCCGCAUCUUGCGACUUCAAGACCUUCUAGGUCAGCGCUCUGCGUUGUCAAAGCAAAGCACCACUGUUCUAAAAAAUGUGGUCACACUGCUCCUUCGUCGUGAGUCUGAGGCCAUCCUGGCGCCAAUCGCAGGGGGGAAUCAGGAAGAGGGGUACCCCCUGUCAAACACUGGGCUCAUGUCAGUGGAAGACACCCUGCGGCUCCCUCUUGACGUCACGUUGGAAGCAUCCGACACUGCCCUGCGACGGCAGGCGUGGCCGGACGUUUCCAAUGCCCUCCGUCUGAAUGAAAGCUUGGCCUCGGUACAAUACGUUGUACCGUCUGGCAAUGACGAACGGUCUUUUGGAUGGUACGGCGGUACCGAUACUCACCAAAUGGAGGGUUCGGCCCAGGAACCCGCGGGUCAUUCGUGGCCACCGUCUGCGCAACUUGACUGGAAUGGUUCGAAUAUCCCCGCGGAACCCUUCCAAUCUGGCACAGACCCUAACGGUGAACGUGGACUAUAUUGGUUGUGGGACAUGUCCUGGAAUGGACCAGAAUUCUAG